AUGGAUUUAAAUAUUGCGGCGGCCGGUAGCCUCGCAGCUCUCACGGUUGAUUUACUCGUCUACCCCAUGGAUACUCUCAAGGUUAGAAUACAGAGCACAUCCUCGGCCACUCUUUUCUCCGUCUCAAAAUCUCAUCUUUACGCUGGUGUAGGGCCGGUGAUACUCGCCACUAUUCCCUCUGCUGCCGUUUUCUUCACCACGUAUGAGCACAUGACGGGUGUAUUUAACACUCGCACCAACCUAUCAUCCCCAGCCACUCAAAUUCUGGCUUCAAAUUUGGCUGAAUGCGCUAGCUGUGCCGUACUCGCGCCUGCUGAGCUUAUUAAACAGAAUGCACAGGUUGGCGGUGAUACAAAAACACUCACUAAGCGUCUACUAAGACGCGAUAACCUUAAGUCUCUAUUCCCUGGUUAUCGCGCACUUGUGCUCAGGAACACACCGAUAGUCACCGUCCAAUGGCCGAUAUAUGAGCAUUUGAGAGCCAUGCUCGGUGAAAGGAACUUGCCACGCGCAAAAUCUGCUUUUUUGGCUGCUUCUGCUGCUGCAACUAUAGCAUCCAUCGCCACAAACCCAAUCGACGUAAUCAAGACGCGGAUAAUGAUCCAAAAUGAACAGAAUGGUGGUGUGUGGAGUACGAGCAAGAGCGUUAUGGCAAAUGAAGGUGUCAGGGGUUUGUUUAGAGGUUGCCUCCUAAGAUCUACCUGGGCCGCUGCCGGAGCUGGUGUGUACUUGGGUUCAUUUGAGAAAUCCAAGGAAAUUUUAGGAAAGUAG